GAGAGUGAACGCAACCAAUAAACAUGUUUCGCCGUGAGAGUGAAUGUAUUUAUUUAUGGAACUUUUGAAAAUUUCAUGUAAAAUAAAGCCAAAAAAAUAAUAGAAUGAAUUUAAUAUCUUAACACUUUUUAAUAACAUUCAGAGAUUCGAAGGCUGGCAAUGUUUUGUGGAAAUUAAAAGGAUAAAUGUUUUGAGGAAAGCAAAAUAUAUAGUGCAAUUAAAGCGAUUCGGAAAGAGAGAAGUAAAACCAUAAGGAAAUCAUUAACAUAUUUUUAUUAAAUUUAUACAGAAGUUUCACUUUAUGCCGCAUAUUAUUAUGAUUCUUUGUGAAGUCAACAAAAAAGAAAAAACUUAUUCCCAUUUCUUGAUCAAGUGAAAAAAACUUUGGACAAACUGUACUCGAGGUGGAGAAUAGUGAAUAUUACAAAAGAAAAAGAUUUUGGUUACUCCUGUUAUUGCUUCAUUAAUAAUUCGAGAUAUCUGUCAAAGUUUUGCGCCAAAAAUUUGACAUUUCUGCUGUGCUGAAAACAAAAGAAACACUAAAAGCAAAAUAGACAAAAUUGAUUGUAGACAAUUAAUAUGAAAAUAAACAUUUUUCUGCCAUAAUGUCCGCAGCUCGUAUUUUGAACCCAGUCUUUAGUGAAAUAUGUAAAGUGCGCUCCAGUCCAACAAUUUUGCAAAGGAAUUUGCCAUGCAGCCACCAAAUGCGUCGCAUUAAAAAAGAUUUAUUCGGCCCAAUCAAUGCAAGCGAAACCAACAGCAUGUUUAAGGAGCAGUUGGCUAAACACCAUGAAGAAGCAACGAGAAAAUGGGGUUUCGACUUUCGUUCAGGUGUGCCAUUGACGACUACUAAUGCCCAGUUUAUAUGGGAACGCAUUACCCAUCAAGAAAGCAUUGUUGCACCAGAAGUGUAUACUUUGACGCGAAAUGCGCACGUACAUCCGUCACCUGAUCAGCCGACACCUUUAGAUUUACUGAUGGACGAUAGAGCUGAGCGUGAAAAUGAUACCAUAAAUGGCUUAGCAACUGAUACCGAUUUUUGUGAUGAGUCCCACUUUGGGAAUUCAUCCACUUUAGCCCUAUUCAAGAUUCCUGCCAAUCCAAUUAGCCGGACAACAAGUGAGGCGGCUGUGCCGCGCAAAAUGCGGUUUCGCAAAAGACAGCCAAAAAUUACAGAAUACCUAAAGGAACGCAAGCGUUUAGUCCAGACCCCGAAGAAAGUAGCUCCAAUUAAACGCGUGCGCAUCUUGGCCGCUGGUAAUUCCCUUUCAAUACACUUAAGUUCUGUGGAUACUCAUCAAAUAAAUUCAUAUUUCUCUUUAACACCGCGUCAUGACUAGUAUCUAGGUUAAAUAAAAAACAAAAUUAAAAAAUAUGAUAAUCGGAAUUUGUAUGCAAUUUAAAAUGAUAUCUUUAAAGUUUAAGAAUUUUUGAUUUAAUUUUUAUGUUUAACUUACAAUUUAUCGAAUUGAAUUGGUUUGCAAGUGUAUGCGAAUUUUUUACAAGAGCAAAGUUUAUUUUUAAAGAAGCAAAUUGCAAGAAGUGUGUCUCAAUUUUGGAAUUUCGAAGUCUAUAUUUAACUCUACGUUUAGUGCACUGACUAAGUUAUUCUUGUUUUGACUUUUAACAUUCGUUGAUUUAUUGUUUGGAAGCAGUGAUCCUUUAUUUUUUCUACGAAAUAUUAAUUCAAUUAUUUUCAAAAGAGUUGUAGUUAAUUACUUUAUCAUAAUUAUUAUUAUUUACUUUCAAUAU